AUCACAGUUCUGGCUUUUUCAUCAACCAGGAACCCCUCCCCCAGCGCAAUAUUCCAUGUUCUGUUUCACCAAAAGAAACUUCUAUUAAACUUUAAGUCCCUGCGAAAACUGCCGCGUGAUUUUCUGUCUUUCUCACCCCAAAAGUAUUCGACUUUUUGCUCAUGGCUGAAACGAAACUCACGGCACAUCGGUCAAAGCGGGUCAAUUCGACUGCAAUUGUGAUGGGCUGGGAUGUCUAGACUCUUCAGUCUGCGGAAAGCAUGGAAACGGGAUGAUAUCGAGCAGGCAUACGAGCAAGUCGGUCGCGAGGAUGACACCCGCCAUGUUCCAGCCACGUCCGGCUUGCCUCUUCUUCCGAGGCCGCUUGCAUCUAUGGUAUCAUUCAUGACUCAGUCGACUUCUCUAUCUCUUCGGAUAGGGUCAUUUGUUGGAGGCGCUGCGAUAGAUGGUGCGAGAACCACGACAUUGACCGGGCUGGAGCUCAGCAGAGCAAUACUAGAGGGAAUUUUGACAAGGGCUGGGCGCGAUGUUGUCAACAGCAGCAACGGAGAGUAUGGCAAGGCAGAAGCAGAGUCAUUACUCGAACGGAGUCUGGCUACUUUGCAUUCCACAAUAACCUCGGCAUCUUUUUUCGCCGCUGCUUCGUUCCAUUUCUCCUCAGCUACACUUUUAUCAGCAGCCAACAUAUCUCAGUCACUACUUUCCACACUCGAUGCAACACUCGGCUCUACUGAAUCGUCUAGGGCUAUUGCCGCAAUCGUGACUCUUUUCCGGAGCGAGCUCAGAGACCUCAACGAUUCCGAAUUCGGUACUGAACUGCGAGCUGGAAGAAUUGGUGUCGCGGAUCUAUUGGUUGGAUGUGUUGGAUUUGCACUGCUCCAGCGUUGGGGUCGGAAAAACACAGAACGGCAUGCACGUGGAGUCGGGGGUGUGGAAUCCGUAUGGGAUGUGGUUAUCCUGGACAAUGGCGUGAGAGCAGAUGUUGUUGGUACACACCAAAUGGAACAGCCGAGAGCUGCCACUGUUGAACUGCGUGACGAGACGAAUCGUUCAUCAUUCAUGAGUACUGGGAACGAUGAAGAUGUUUUCGAUGCUGUACAGCGACCAGCAAGCAUUGCUGAUACCGCAGAAAGGUCUCACUUCUCUCUUCCCACCGAGAACUCGCAUCAAAUAUCCGACGAUGAUAUCCGCUUGUACAUCAUGAGACAAUUGCCUCAGGGUUGCCGUGCUUCUAUAAGGACCGACCUGGUACAUGCCAGGACUAUCACAGUCGAAGUGUUUGAUGAUGACGUUGGUGAAAUAGCUGCUCCACCAGGCACAAUGAUGAUUGAGGAGAGACACCAUGAUAGUAAUCUCUCCAGAUCUUCCAGCCAGGGUCAGCUUCCCAAACAUAUGAUGGUGUUCAGGACCGCCUUCACCAGGUCUAACAAUGCCGAUGUAAGACCAUCCAGUCACCAAGAAAGCAUAGCAUCGCCGGCGGGUGACGAAUGGGAACUUUCCCGGUCGCAUCGAAACGUCGGGGAUCAGUCGUUCGCCACAAUAGGAAACAGUCUUGACGCACCAUGCAACGCUAGGCUAGUGGCCACAGAGAAGCUUUCACCCGAGGAUCACUUAAAGGAUUCCAAUACCAGUAAAGCUCGAAGUGUCAACUUGAACCCUGUCAAGCUUGAUCGAGGUAACUCAGACCCCUCGUCUCUCGAUAAGCGAGCAGCCACAUCUAAAGAUAGUCCUGCGAAGUCUUCUGUCGCGAAAGGAGCGCAAAGGGUCAAGUCUAGCAAUAUUGGUCAAAAGGAAAAUGGCAAGCGCCCGUCCACGAAGCCUACUGCAGAGAAAGUAAAAUCCCUACCAUCGUCCGAAAACGCGAUUCCACAAGUGAGACCUUUUAAGGGAGCAGCAAACGCGCGAAAGACAUCAGCACAACAAAGUACUACCAAAUCCGACCGCAGCGGGGCUCACGAAGCAGCAGCAGCGACAUCACCAAAACGUGGACCAUCGUCACCUGUAGCGAACAGAGGUUUGCCUAGAACGCCGUUGCAAGAACAUCGUGUGAAGCCCGCGGCUUUCCCAAAGACGGGCCGCUCUGAGGCCCGAGAGGGUAGUCACACAGGCAAUUCAAGAACGGAGUAUUACGCCAUACGCGAGAAGUCAGAGGAGUCUCUUGUUAACCACACAAAAGCCUAUGCUCAAGAUCCACCAAACACACGACCCGGGUCCCCUGUCACGCGAAGAACCCAUGUGCGUAGUAGCAGUUCUCUGUCACUGACCAGGUCGGAAAGUGAUGUGACCAUCUUCACCAAUAAGGAUGGCCGUCCCAGCUCCUCUAUGUCGCACCAUCACCCUCGGGCAUCAUCCCCGAGCAUAUACUCUCUUGCCACAGCGGGGUCUGAGACAUCACUUUUACUCGCCCAUCGUCCUCGAAAAAGUGCUUAUGAUGAUAUAGAAGCACUUCAAAGCUUGAACCGGGAUGGCACCGUGCCCGGCAUCUUCCCUGCCAAGCACUUUGUGCAGAACAUCAGACGUUUUUGCAGAUUCUCCUCGGCUUCAUAUGGAUCGCAUGCCCUGAAAGUCAUGGGUGUUCCGCGACUGACUAGUGCUCUACCCGCCGAAGAGGUAUCUAGCCCGGAACAUAGUGAUUUCUCUGAUCACACAGGCUUGCCAGCUUCCACGAUCCUCUUGUCUUCCUUCGUCGACUCUGCGGGGGGCAGUAACGCCGCAGGGGAAACGGAAAGCGGUAUUCCUCUAGUACACUAUCUUUUCCUGGACCAUGAAUCGAAAGCAGUUGUUCUGACUCUGCGAGGGACAUGGGGCUUCGAAGAUAUUCUGACCGACAUGACCUGCGAGUAUGAUGACCUUGAGUGGCAAGGUAGGAAUUGGAAGGUCCACAAAGGAAUGCACGCUUCAGCCAAGCGUCUUCUGAUGGGAGGAGGCGGCCGAGUCAUGUUGACAAUCCGAGCUGCACUCGAGGAAUUUCCUGAGUAUGGGCUGGUACUGUGUGGACAUUCGCUCGGGGGAGGCGUUGCUGCACUCCUUGCAACAAUGAUUUCUGAACCCAGCAGGGAUGCUUUUGGCGCAUCAUUCACGACCACUUCCUAUCAGACCACGAACUUGGGUUCAUCUGAUAGCGACGAACAGUCCUUUGGCAAGGCCUUCUUUGUGCCCGCCGGCCGGCCUAUUCAUGUCUAUGCAUACGGCCCUCCCGCGACAAUGUCGCCUUUCCUGCGUCGCGCAACGCGGGGAUUGAUCACUACCAUCGUUAAUGAUCAAGAUGUGGUUCCUUGUCUUUCGCUCGGCAUUUUACAUGAUAUGCAUACAGUAGCUGUAGCAUUCAAGGGUGACAUUGCUGGCGCGCGCUCCCAUGUGGGAUUUCGAGUUUUGGAAGGCUUCAGGCAAAGCAUUGUGAACAAGUUUUACGUUAACGAGCCGCCCAUUCUGACACACGCAGGUUUAGGCGUAGGAGAAGAUGCGUGGGCGUGGAAUACAUUGAAGACGCUUCGUGAGGAAAUGAGUGCGCCCAAACUGUUACCACCUGGUGAGGUAUUUUUGGUGGAAACAAUGAGGGUCUUGCAGCGAAACGCUUUCACAUCUGAAGUGAGCAGUGAUGGCCACCCAGUGUUAGGUCGGCCUGCAACUAGAGCACAGUUGACAUUCGUUCGAGAUGUUGAAGCCUCUUUUGGAGAACUCAGGUUUGGCUCAGGAAUGUUUAGUGACCACAACCCAGCAAGAUAUGAAGCGAGUCUUGCUGCACUUGCCCGUGGAAUUUUGGAUGAGUGAUGUUAUCUUGACUUUAUGCCUACAACAUAAAGCGAUGCUUAUAUGAUUAUGUAUUCAUGGAGCCUCGAGAUACCGGUUCUUUUGCUCAUCUUUGGGUUUGACUAGGUAGUGGACGGAGAACAGCGAUCAUGUACAGUCGAAUACUAAUUUUGGAAUAAACCCUGCAAUCUCAAGACAUC